CAAACUAAGUGGUAGCCUUGAAACAGCGGUGAUGCCAUUCCUGUUGUGAAGGUGUGUUGUAUUAAAGGCGUCCUAGCAGCUGAUAUCACUGCAUAAAAUAAAAAUAGGAUGUUGACAAUAAAACCAUAACAACACUGACGCCCAACCAUCGUGUUCUCCCAAGCAGCAACUAUUCUAAGUUCAGUGAUAUAACUCCAAUUAAUUUGAGAAAGGAAAUAAUGAGGAAAAGCAAAGCUGCCGAGCUAGUGAGGAGUUUAGUUAGAGAGACCGUAGGCAGUGAAACACCCAGUGGGACACCCAACCUAGGCAGUGGGACACCCAAGAUCAACGAUACCCUAGGCAGUGGGACACCCAACCUAGGCAGUGGGACACCCAAGAUCAACGAUACCACCCAAACUGAAGAAGAGACGGGCCAAGUGCAGAGAGAGAUGGUGGAGGCAACCACCCAAACUGAAGAAGAGACGGACCAAGUGCAGAGAGAGACAGUGGAAGGAACCACCCAAACUGAAGAAGAGACGGACCAAGUGCAGAGAGAGACAGUGGAGGCAGUAAGUGACCUGUGUCUCUAAAGGAUACCAAAUACAUUCUCAAUUGUUAGUUGCACUUGGAUAUCAAUUAACAAACCCGUGUGCUUAGCACGUAUAUCGGUAGAAUUGUAGAGCCCCUGGAGGACCUGGUAUUGAAAGUCGAAGCAGCUAAGGUAUGCAAGCGCACGGUAUGUAGUUGUAGUUGCAUUGACGUUGCAGUUGUUGAGAGCCGAAAGAGCCGAAAGGAAGAAGAGCGGCGGGAGUGCAGAUGACCAAGCAAGCAAGAGAAAGGCAGAACCAGUGGGCACGCAGGGGACAACUGUGCUGAAUGGUGUAGGAUAGGGUAGGAUCUAAUCCAAAUACACUUGAUUGUACUGCCAUCCUACUCCAUUUAGAAGAAAAGAAAGAUGGAUCUACAAGAAGAACCAGCAUCUGAGGAUCCCGUACUUCUAAAAUUGAGAAAGUAUCAUGAAAAAGAAAGGCUUAAACCAGGAACGUACGCGAACCGCCUCUUGAACACUCACUUUUCUGUAUCUUGCUAUGACUGCCAAAGGUCCUUUUCGUCUCAGCGAGGGUUCCAAAUUCAUUGGGAGAAGACAGAUCAUUAUCCCGUGCCAGUUGAGUACGUCAACUAUUACGAUGAAGAUAGUGAAGUGGAUGAAGAAGAACACGUAGAAGUUGUAGUUGGCUCAAAAGUUAAACUGCUCCAAGACGACCUAUACAUUGGGAGUGGGGUGAUAAACUCUUUAUUUUCGGAACAAAGGCAAGUCCACAAUCAUGACAUGGUGAAAGAUGAAGUUGUUAUCUUGAUGAAACAACUUGAAAUAAAAACUAUCAAACAUCCAAUCUACAAUUAUACAUUGGAAAUUGGUUCAUUCACCGCAUGGAAACUUCGAGACCUUGAGGUCAUUGUUUCGUAAACUCUCGAACUUGAUCGUUUGUUUCACUUUCACUUUGUUCAACUUCACCCUUGUUUUAUUUCACCACGUAUAUACAAUGCUUAAUUGCGUCCAUGCCGUUGGUUCAUUUG